AUGACUCUCGGUGAAAUCUUUGUUUCAUUUUUUAUUUCAGUCUUACUGGAUAGAUUGGCUUCUCGUGAGCUGUUGGAGGUUGCUACUCAAUGGAAAAUUGAUUCUGAAGUGAUGAAACUGAGGUUAUUAGUUUCAAAAAUAGAUGCUGUGACUAAAGACGUUGAGGAAAAGCAGAUGGAAGACAGUGCCGUUAAAUUAUGGUUUGAUGAAUUGCAAGAUUUGGCAGAUGAUGCUGAAGAUUUAGUUGACAAUAUAAAGAAGAUAACAGAGAGAUUCAAUAAAAUUGCAAAAGAGAUAGUAAAGCUUGGUUUGAGAGAAAAUGUUGUGGAGAAGGCUACCGGGCUGUGGCGAACGUUACCCUUGACUUCUUUGUUAGUUGAUCAUGUCUUUGGAAGGAAAGAGGAUACCAAGAAGUUAAUUGACUUCUUGACAGAGGACAUUGAAGCGGGAGUCAGUGUUGUUUCCUUAGUAGGUCAAGGCGGUGUUGGAGACUUUGAUUUGGUAAAGGUUACAAAGGCGAUCUUGGAGUCGUUGGGUAAAGGGUGCUCUCAUGUUAUAAACCUUGAACCACUUCAAAAAAUGUUGAAAAAGAAGCUGGAGUCAAAAAAGUUUUUACUGGGUUUAGAUGAUUUAUGGAAUAAGAAUUAUGGUGAAUGGGAUGUUUUGCGGCUUCUGUUCAGAGCUGGUGCACCUGGGAGCCAGAUAAUUAUAACAACUCGUAGUAAACAUGUUGCACAAACCGUUGGCAUAGGUCCUAUUUUCUGUUUGCAGGAACUAUCGGAAGAUGAUUGUUGGACAUUGUUUGCACAUCAUGCCUUCUCCGGAUUGAAUUCUGCAACUCGUCCAAACUUGGAGAUCAUUGGUAAGAGAAUAGCUAAUAAAUGUAAAGGUUUACCUUUAGCAGCAAGGCAUUGGGAGGCCUAUUGCACUCUAGUUUAG